CCUCACUUCUUUCUCUUUGGAUUCUUUUGUUUGCCUGUCCGCUUUAUAGAAUUCACAUACCAUUACCUAUUCUCAGCACAAUAUUAGUAUUACCCAAAGAUGCCGGUCGUCCCGCCUACCAAGCUCGCGCAGCUGCAGAAGAAUGUGCACAAUAUUCGCAAUGUCUGCGUCCUUGCACACGUAGACCACGGCAAGACAACACUGAGUGACGCGCUGCUGGCUACUAACGGCAUCAUUUCGAGCAAGCUGGCAGGAAAGGUCAGGUACCUAGACAGCCGUGAGGAUGAGCAGGAGCGCGGUAUUACGAUGGAGAGCAGCGGCAUCAGCCUGUACUACAAGCUUCUCAGGAAGCCAACCAACGGUGACGCCACUCCGAACACUCCUACCACCAACACAGACGCAGAGUCUCAGGAGUAUCUGGUUAAUCUUAUUGACUCGCCGGGACAUGUGGAUUUUUCGUCCGAGGUUGCAUCUGCAGCGCGGCUGUCUGACGGCGCGCUGGUUUUGGUCGAUGUAGUUGAAGGUGUGUGCACGCAGACUGUGAGCGUCCUACGGCAAGCGUGGGUUGAGAACGUCCACCCAAUUUUGUUCCUGAACAAGAUCGACCGCCUGGUUGUCGAGUGGCAGAUGACUCCCAGUGAGGCCUAUUUACACAUGCAGCAACUGAUCGAGCAGGUCAAUGCUGUUCUGGCCGGGUUCUGGGAGGGCGAUCGUUUGGCUGAAGACUCGCGCAAGCUCGAGGAGGCUAAAGAGAAAUGGAGGGAGACGCACGGCGACGACGCCCCGAUGACAGAGUGGUACCUGGAGGAAAAGGACGACUCUCAGAUAUACUUCUCGCCCGAGCAAGGCAACGUGCUAUUUGGAUCAGCGAUGGACGGGUGGGCGUUCCGGAUCAACCACUUUGCGCAGGUAUUUGCCGAGAAGCUCGGGAUCCCAUCGCCCGCCAAGUUGCAGCCACUCAUGUGGGGCGAAUACUUUAUCGAUCCCAAGACCAAGCGUCGUGUGCUGACUCGCAAGCAGCUCAUCAAGUUGUAUGGUGCGGGCAAGGCGACUGCGGCCAUGCCAUUGUUUGUACAGCUCUGUUUGGCUCCCCUGUGGCAGGUCUACCAGAGCGUCAUUCUCGAGCAUGACCAAGAGAAAAUCGAAAAGGUCAUUGGCGCGCUGGAUAUCAAGAUCUUGCCGCGCGAUCGCAAGAGCAAGGACCACCGCACACUGCUCACCGCCAUCAUGCAAGGGUGGCUUCCGCUAGCACAGGCCUGCAUGGUGGCCAUUGUCGAGCAGCUGCCGUCGCCAGCUGUCGCGCAGCCUCAUCGGCUUCCCCCGCUUGUCCAGGGCGAGGUCAAAUCGCAGGCCGACCGCAAGGUGGUCAAGCCCAAAAAUGACGUGGAACGCGCGUUGUUUGCUUGCGUCGCGGGUACAUUUGCCCAGCCGGCGCCCCUGGUCGCAUAUAUUGGAAAGAUCAUUUCGGUUCCCCGAGAGUCGCUGCCCGAAUUUUCAAAGAGCAAAUCACAAGGCGACCGCGCAGCAAUGACUGCCGAGGAGAUGCGCGCCCGAGGCAGGGAUGCUGUCCGUCGCGAGCUGGCAAACAGCCGUGAACCCAGUGCAGCCACGCCCCUCUCGGUUCUGUCGGCCAGCGCCAGUGCCAGCGCCGUGGCAACUCCAUCGCAGAGCGCAGAUCCUGUGCAGGGUAUUUCACCCGACACGCUGGCUGAAGUGGUAAAAGAGAAGCUUAAUAUUGCUGACGGUGCACUUGGAUAUGGCGCAGGGGGAGACUCUAUAGACGCCACUAGCACUGACCCGGAUGCCAACGAGGACGAGGUGCUUGUUGGAUUCGGACGCAUCUAUAGCGGUACCAUUCGUAUUGGAGAUAAGGUCUGGGCGAUGCAGCCAAAGUACAACGCCAAGGGCGCAAACUCGCAGUCGUAUCUCAAGCAUAUCACUGUCCGCGCGCUGUACAUAAUGAUGGGACGCGAAUUUGUGCCCCUGCAGGAAGUUCCCGCCGGAAAUGUGUUUGGUAUUCGCGGCGUGGCCGGCGCAAUUCUCAAGAGCGGAACGCUGGCGAGCAACGCCCAGGAAUGCCCUAACUUGGCAGCGAUGCAUUUGGAGACGCACCCCAUUGUGCGCGUGGCUUUGGAGCCAGUUAACCCCCAAGAUAUCACCAAGCUCGUGCGCGGGCUGGAGCUGCUGAACCAGGCCGACCCCUGUGUCCAGAUUAUCUCCCAGGCUACGGGCGAGCGCGUUCUGGUUACGGCGGGCGAGCUGCAUCUGGAGCGGUGCAUGAAGGACCUUCGCGAACGGUUUGCCAAGUGUGAAAUCCAUGUCUCCGAGCCGAUUGUUCCGUUUAGAGAGGGGAUCGUGCGCCAGAGCGCCCAGGCAGGUGUUCUUUUGGGUGAGGUCGGAUCCAGCGGUCAAUCGCUGGCUAUCAUGUCCAAGAGUACGCAGAACGGCAGCAGCGCUGACGAUGCCGAGCAGCCUGAGGAAUCCCGCACAAAGCUCGCAGAUGGCUCGCCGCGCGGCGAGGUCAGCCUUACCACUGCCAACGGCCUCGUCACAAUCACCGUGCAGGUCGAGCCGCUGCCCGAGAGGACAACCCGGUUUUUGCUUCGCCACGAGAACGACAUUCAACGCAUUGCCAAGGCGUUGUCGUCCCAGAGACGCCAUCGUCUCAAUGCGGCCGCUGAGGCUCUGGAAAACAACAACGACGACGACAACACAGAGGCGAGCGUGGCUGCGGCCAACGCAGCCAGUGACGACGAGGACGGCGGUGCGGAUGACGGACCCAGGCCUCCCAAGCCCUCAAAGACAUCGGAGCUGGGCCCAUGGCUCCAGGCACGGCUGCGCUCAACAUUCCGCAAGUCCAAGGGCUGGGAGCCGCAGCGUGUGGAGCACGCGGUGACCAAUGGAAUCUGGGCAUUCGGGCCGCGUAGAGUAGGUCCGAACAUGCUGAUUUACUCCAAGGAUAUACUCGAGCAGUCGAGCAGAGUGAACGCCAGCUGGUUUGACCCGCGUGCUCUCAAUGUGCCGGGCUUAUCCACAGCCGCCACGCCUAUGCUUUCAGACGGUGAGGACGGUGAGGACGGCGAGGACAGCGGUUCGGAGGGGGCUAAAGAUACACCGCCGAGCGCAGGCGAAUCAACACAAACCACUCACCACUUGAUUCGCGACUACGAAGAGCCGCUCAACACCGGGUUCCAGCUGGCAGCGCAGUCAGGGCCGCUGUGCUUUGAACCCCUUGCUGGAGUUGCAGUCACUGUCAAGGGCUUUGUAUAUAACAGCGUUGUCAAUGGCGCUGCAGAUCUCUCGAGCACCAGCGGUCUUUCGGGUCAGGUCAUAACUACAGUGCGCGAUGCCAUCAGGGCGGGCUUCUUGCAGUGGUCGCCGCGCCUUCACCUGGCCAUGUACACGUGCGACAUCCAGGCGACCUCUGAAGUGCUGGGUAAAGUCUACGCUGUCAUUAAUCGGCGCCGCGGCCGCAUCCUUUCCGAGGAGAUGCGAGAGGGGACGCCGUACUUCACUAUCAAGGCGGCCAUUCCAAUUGUCGAGUCGUUUGGGUUUGCCGACGAGAUCAGAAAGCGUACGUCUGGCGCAGCCAUUCCUCUGCUGAUUUUCCGCGGAUUCGAGUCGCUGGAUAUGGACCCAUUCUGGGUGCCGACGACUGAGGAGGAGCUGGAGGACCUGGGCGAAAAAGCCGACCGCGAGAACGUGGCCAAGAAGUACAUGGACAAGGUGCGCAAGCGCAAGGGUCUGUUUGUCGAGCGCAAGAUCAUUGAGCAUGCUGAGAAGCAGCGGACGCUGAAGAAAUAGAACAAUUUCUGAUGAAUUCCAUUUUUGAAUUAAAUCAAUAGAUUUUGCCAUUUGUAAUCGGU